CACUACGGGGAAUAACAACUCUGUUUAGCGAGUUAACUCAAAGCGAAUGAGCCGUUAUACGGAGCCAACUCAUUACCGAUUCAUUUUGAAGUUAAUAAUAUAAAUAUAAUAUAAACGUGCACAAAGCAAACCUUGCACAUAUGGACGUACAUACAGUCUUUCUGGACAUACAGUUUCUGGAUAACACAGAUAAUGUACAGAGAAAUGAAAAUUAUAGGGCGGCGGCGAGCACACUUUAGUGAAUCGAGCAAGCGAGUAUGAAAUGUGGAAACUUACCAAAAAUUGAUAUAAAAUCACGCGCCAUCGAGAACUCUAUCUUCGAUACUAUAAACAUAAAACAUUCGUCGGAAUAAAAAUACUUCAACUUGUUUGCGGUACAUGGCCUUACCUGGUGCGUUUUAAUAAAUCAUAACACAAAAAUAUAAACAACGCUGAUAAGUAAGCGUUUAUCAGUUCUUCCCCGUUCCGAGUAUGAAAACGUGAAGCAUUUGUAAAGAAAUUAAACAUCUCAAUAGUUGCGACCUUAGUUCAAAGUGCUAUUUAGUGGUAGUAUAAAACUAUCGUACUGAUGAUACAAAAAAAAUCACAUCGAACCGUUAAAUGAUCGCAGAUACUGAUGCUUCGGUGGGCAAAAUUUUAUCUUUACUGUAGAUUAACUGUGGCCAGACCUGCGCAUGAGGUGGUGGCAUCGAUGCCAUUAUUCAAUGUUUCUUGUGGUAAAAUGCUGCCUUUUUCUACUGUACACGCUUCCGGCGAUUCUGUCACUCUUGAACAGAAUUAUGAAAAUGCAAUUUCCUCGUUGAACUCGCUGCAAUCCAACUUUAGUGUUCUACAAGACUCUGUACACCGAAAGCACAAGGAUGACUGCAGGCAUAUUAAUGAUACGAUACUAUAUUUAGAACGCGUUGGGCUUUCCUUGCAUAGUCUUGAUAAGCUACCGGCGAUACACGUGUCGGGAACCAAGGGAAAGGGAUCAACUUGCGCAAUGGUAGAAUCAAUCUUGAGGUCAAAUGGUUAUCGCACCGGUUUUUUCAGCUCACCACAUUUAGUUUCUGUAACGGAACGGGUACGCUUGAAUGGAAUGCCGGUUUCAACUGAUAAAUUUAGUGCACACUUUUGGAGGAUCUAUAAUCAACUGCUUGCAUCGCGGGAGCAUAUUCGAGACAUGCCUUCAUAUUUCUGUUUUCUGACCAUUCUGGCAUUUGAUAUUUUUAUACGAGAAUCUGUUGAUGUUUGCAUUGUAGAGGUUGGCAUUGGCGGUAGAUAUGACUGUACGAAUGUGCUACGAAAAACUAAUACAGUGGGUAUAACUUCGCUUGGAUUGGAGCAUACAAAACUGUUGGGCAAUAAGUUGGAGGAAAUUGCCUGGCAAAAGGCUGGUAUCAUAAAGCCCAGUUCAGACGUGUUUACAAUUCCUCAACCUAUACAAUGCAUCGAAGUGAUUGAGCACGAAUGUAACCAGGCAAAGGCCAAAUUACACAUAGUACCACCAAGUUUGCAUGAAUAUAUUUGGGCCCAAAAAACUUCACUGAUGGAAGAUACGUGCAACAUCGUUCAAAUGAAUACUUCAUUAGCCAUUCAGAUAGCAACGAACUGGAUGCACAAAACGGAACAAAUUGCACAGAAUAGUGAACCAUUGUUUGUAACAAAGGAGACCAUUGCAGGCAUUGAGGAUUGCUUUUGGCCAGGACGUUUCCAGCGGAUAUCAUAUGAUUCACAAAAAACACUUUUUCUUGAUGGUGCUCAUACAGUCGAAAGUAUGGAACUAUGUGCCCGUUGGUUUAAUGACAAAUCUAAAAGCGAUCACAAACGUCUGCUAAUUUUUAACACAACCGGAGACAGAGACUCUAUAAAAUUGCUAUCGACUCUAUUAGCCACAAUAACAUUCGAUGCAGCAUUUUUUGUUCCAAACGUAGCGUUUUCUGGUGCUAUGCGAGCUGAUGCCAUUAAUCAUAAUUUCCCUUUCGAGCAUCAAAUGCAACGAUGUAGAGAAAACUAUGUUUAUUGGGCUGAAACGAUGAAAAAUAAGUACGGGUUUGUGCAUGAAUCGGUUGACUCUGUAUUUACACAAAUUGAUACAGAGCUUACGCGGGAGUUAGAGGAUUACGAUAUUUUAAUCACUGGAUCAGUGCAUUUGAUAGGAGCCGUCUUGACAGCACUUAAACUGGAGUGUUAUACUCAUACAUCACGUAAGAAAUGAUUUUUUUGGGAUAGAAUUAUUUUUAAAUGUGACAAUAAACGCUCGCAUGGAUUGUUGAAGUAUAUAA